AGCAUCUCCUGUAUUACGGAGCAGACAUGCGUGUCCAGAACGCCUCUGGAAACACUGCGCUCCAUAUCUGUGCCCUCUACAAACAGGAGAACUGCGGCAGAGUUUUGCUGCUUCACGGAGCCAGCAAGGAAGUGAAGAACUAUCGUGGGCAAACUCCCUUCCAGGUGGCCAUCAUCGCAGGGAACUUUGAGCUGGCAGAGUUCAUAAAGAACCACAAAGACGACAGCACUGUGCCUUUCCGAGAGGCUCCGGCAGCAGCGGUGAGUUCAGGCAGGAGCAGACCUCAGCAGGCUCAUCCAGGCCGGAGCACUCUGGCCGCACCUCGUGUGCUCCUGCGCUCCAACAGUGACAACAACCUGAACGUUAACAAGCUCUCAGCGUCACGCUCUCCCUCACCCUCACGCUCACCGUCGCCUUCGCCUCUGCGCAGCCUGUCACCUCGCAGGCCCCAGCAGAUGCAGAACAGCUCCAAUGGCACGGUAAAGAGCAUGGGCCGGGGGGCCAGGCACCCCCCGCGCAGCCGCUCGCCCUCGCUGGGCCGCCUGGGAGACGGUGACGCCCGCAGACACCCGCCCCAGCGCCACAGCAGUCCACGUCCCGGUCGUGAUGCUUUCACUGGGGCAGAGACUCCGAGAUCCAAGCGGCGGCUGUACAGCGCCGUGCCUGGGAGACACUACGUGGUGGUAAAGUCUUAUCAACCUCAGACUGAGGGAGAAAUCGCCCUGUACAAGAACGACAGAGUCAAAGUGCUAAGUGUUGGUGAAGGGGGAUUCUGGGAGGGCAGCACUCGAGGUAAUGUCGGUUGGUUUCCUUCAGAGUGUGUGGAGGAAAUUCCCAACAAACCUAACGAGGACCGACCUUAUGCCCGAGCGGACCGAUCGGAGAGGAGGAAGCUCUUUCGACACUACACCGUGGGAUCGUAUGACAGCUUUGAAGCUUCCAGUGACUGCGUCAUCGACGAGAAGACUGUAGUCCUGCAGAAGAAGGAUAACGAGGGCUUUGGCUUCGUGCUGAGAGGGGCAAAAGCCGAUACACCAAUUGAGGAGUUCACCCCGACCCCAGCCUUCCCUGCCCUGCAGUACCUGGAGUCUGUGGAUGAAGGUGGGGUAGCAUGGCAGGCCGGACUGCGUACCGGAGACUUCCUUAUCGAGGUUAACAAGGACAACGUGGUGAAGGUGGGCCACAAACAGGUGGUUAAUAUGAUCCGUCACGGGGGAAAUCAUCUCAUCAUCAAAGUCGUGACUGUCAGCAGAAAUCCUGACCCUGAUGAUACGGCACGAAAAAAAGCUCCGGCCCCUCCUAGGAGAGCCCCAUCCACUGCACUAUCCACACGCUCCAAAUCCAUGACCUCAGAACUAGAGGACAUGGAUAAAGUGGAGGAGGUCGUCCCUCCCCAGAAACCGGUGUGGGACAAUGCGAAUGUGGACGUGAGGGUCGCAGCUGUUAAACCGCGUCCCACAAGCAGGUGCUUUGUUGCCCCAGAAAUGAAUUCACUGUGCAACAGCCAGGAUAUAUCAGUGGAUUCCCCAUCGGUAACAGCAACUCCUAAAGGCCCGUUUUUGGGUGUACCAAAAGGAACCAUCCGCAGACAGACAUCAAUAGGGGUAACUGAAGAAGAAAAGCAGUUUCUCACUCCUCCCAUGUUAAAAUUUACAAGGAGCCUAUCAAUGCCUGACACAUCAGAGGACAUUCCCCCACCACCAGCUAUUUCCCCUCCAUCUCCUCCCCACAACAAUGCCCCCACACCUGCUGGACAUGGUUAUGGCACAAUCCGACCAGGUUUCACUGCUCAAAGUCCUACUGUGAACAACGCUUCUUCAGAAAGACCAGAGUCAAACCUUGGGUCAGGUUGGAGAGAACAAGGAAUGUAUUACCGAGAGAACUCUGAACAGUAUGAUACAGAGGACUACAGCAACAGUCCAACUGCUCAGCAGAGCCUUCAUAUGCGCCGGGCCCAUGUUCCCGAGAACCCAUACUCAGACGUCGGCAAAAUGGCUAAUGCUGCCCUGUUUGUUCCAAACAAGCCUGCACGGAGAAAGGGCAUGCUUGUGAAACAGUCCAAUGUAGAGGACAGCCCAGAGAAGACCUGCUCCAUCCCUAUACCCACCAUCAUCAUCAAGGAGCCCUCUACCAGCAGCAGUGGAAAGAGCAGCCAGGGCAGCAGUAUGGAGAUCGAGACGACUACACUUGACCACCCAGGCCAGCUCCGUCCAGAGGAUAAUGUCAGUACAGGAAGCCCUUUUGCAACAGCAAUGGCUUCUAGUGCAGGCAGGGGGAAACGGCUAGAGCUUCACAGAAAUGCCCCAUCUUUCAGAUCCACAGAUGCUGGUGAUGAAGAUGUGGCUCCCACUCCUACCCCUCGUCUGAGACACUCAAAAUCCAUUGACGAAGGCAUGUUUAGCAGCGAUGAGCGCCUGCGUCGGCUCAUGGCUCCCCCUUCGUCCCUGCUCAGCAUUCCUCGAGGAGGGGGUAAUGUCACAGACUUCAACAGCCCAGAACCCACUAUGGUGCGGGAGGUACUCAACACUAGAACAGGUCAGAGUCCCGUCAGCCUGCCAGCUCACAAGACCUACAGCUCAGGGAGCGGAAACUAUGUUCACCCUGUCACCGGAAAACCGCUAGACCCAAAUUCUCCUUUAGCCUUAGCAUUAGCUGCCAGAGACCGGGCCAUGAGAGAGCAGUCACAGCCUUUGCCACUUAAGAGUGACCCAUUAAAACUGGACCUCAACAAGCCACUUUUUAUUGACACAAAACUUCGGCCCAGUGUCGAAGUGAGUUUUUCCAGCACUGCCACCAUGGGCAGGCCACGGGGAGGCCUGCGGAGACAGAUGACAGAAUCCAAGUACGAGACCGAGUCCAAGUUCCAGCUGGACCUGGGCAAGCCUGAGAAAAGGGCAGAGGAAAAGAAGAAUAUGAUGAUUAACAUUGUGGACACAUCUCAAAAGAAGUCAGCAGGGCUUCUUAUGGUUCAUACAACAGAUGGGGUCAAAACUGAGGAGAACAGUUUGCCCGAAGGAGAGAGAGAUGAGGAUGUUUGUCCUGACAGCACACCUGGGGAGCUUCGUGAUCCCAAUCAGCCAGCUCCUGCAAAGCCUGCAACACCAAAGCCUCUCUCUGCUGUGCCACCAAAAACCAUGAUCUCUGUCAGCUCUGUAGAUGAACCUGUCAAACUCCCCUUUGGUAUUCCUCCACCACCUCUGGCAUCUGUUGACAUCGAUGAGGAGUUUGUGUUUGCUGAACCUCUGCCUCCUCCAUUAGAGUUUGCCAACAGUUUUGACAUCCCGGAAGACCAAUCAGGGGCACUCAAUGAGCUACUUAAACAGAAAUCCAAUGGUAUGAGUGGACCAACACUUUCUCCCUAUUAUCCCCAUUUAACCACAAGCAACUCUCGAGAUCAAGAGAUCAAGAGACCAACAGUUCUUACUAACUGCACACCUCCCAGCUUUCCUACAGGUCCUCUGGAUGUCUAUGAGCCCAUUAUUGACUCAGGCAUUGAAGUGGACAGCCGGAGCAGUGGAGACCCUCAGCUGGAGACCACGAGUACAGUCUCCACUGUAUCCAGCAUCUCCACCUUAUCGUCAGAAGGAGGAGAGACUCUGGACACUUGCAUGGUCUAUGCAGACGGUCAGGCCUUUCUGGUGGACAGGGCACAGGUUCUGCCCAAGCCUAAAGCCAAGUAUGCCGUCAACAAGAGCAACGCACUUUACAAGGACGCCUUAAAUGAGGAGACCAUAAGCUCUUUCCGGGUGCCCUCCUCAAUCCCCCCACCACCCCUGGGAACUGCCCCACCAGAGCCUCUAAAAACUCCAACACAAAGAACCUCAAAGCUUUGGGGUGAACCUCUGGAUCUGAAAAACCCCCAUGGACCAGAGACAAAACCCCAAGGCUUGAAUGAAAUGAACUCUGUUCUGCAACAUGUCAGCAAAGACAAAGCACCAAAGUCUGGGGAAGCACUAGACUCUCCCCCAGGAUGUAGAACUCAUUUUGGAUUGAGAAAUCAGGACGGUGUGUCCCUCAUCUCAGGAACCCAACCGAACCCCGGCGUGUCCUUCACCAAUCAGCCCGGCCCGAACGUGUCUGCGCCAUCACCAUGCCGUCAGGCUGAGAGUUUGCAUCAUCACCGCCAUCCCUCGAGCCCAAGCAUCACAUCUCCUCCUCCAAUUCUGAGCUGUUCCUCAUCCUCCUCCUCUCUACCCGCGGUGAGCACCACGUCCUCUGUACAGGGCCGUAGUCGCUCACCUUCACCCCUCUCGUUCCUCCAGGCGGCCUCCGGCAAGCCAUUUGCCACCAAGGAAGUUCUUUCAUGGACAAAAGAGGAUGUGGCUGACUGGCUGGAAAGCCUCAACCUGGCCGAGCACAGAGACGCCUUCCUGGAGAAUGACAUAGAGGGCACACACCUGCCCAGUCUGCAGAAACAGGACCUAAUUGACCUGGGAGUGACACGUGUCGGUCAUCGCAUGAACAUCGAGCGAGCACUCAAGCUGCUGCUCGACAGAUGAGACUGGGACAGCACAAACCUUCUUUUGUUCUUGAGUUUUAUCUGUUACUCUCUCAUUUUUGUUUUGCUUAUUUAAAUACCUUGGAUUUUUUUUUUCCCUGUCAGCUGGAAAGGAUUUCUAGGGAACAAUCGUAUCCUGAAGAAAAGGUUCUGACAAGGUUCUGUGUUAAAGAUGUGCACAAAGCACAAAGCUCUUUGUACUUGAAAGUUCCAGCCAGUUACGGACCGUGACAUGCCAAACACACUGUACAGUCCACACACACUAGAGCUCAUUGCUGUUUUUGGGUUUUAUGGUCUCAGGCCUCAUGUGAAUGAACUGAAGAACCAGCAGAGCUGGCCUUCCAUUUUCUAUCUUUGCUAAGACAAUUAACCAGAGAAUAUUUCUUCAGCAAAAAGGGAAGGAUCAAAUGUGUAGUGGCUGAAAAGUCAUGCUUUUUAUCUUCCUUCUACAUAUUUGACCGGGAUGUACAUGAAUUUUUAAGAUGAGCGCAUUUGCCAUGCUGUUCCUCAGUUCACAUGUUCACGACCCCAGCAUCUUCACCAGAAACGUGAAGGCGUCACUUCUGUCUUUUUGUCUUUUUGUUUUUGAUUCCAGUAAAACAUAAGAUAUUUGUCAGAAUGGGUCAAAAUCACUCAAGUCUUUCUGAAGUGUAAUAUCUACUGAUAUCGCUUGUCUUCCACAUUGUGAGGUUUGACUGCAUUCCUGCCAUUCGAUUCAGUUGUAAACAUCCUAGACAUACUAGACUAGAGCGUUCUAGUAUUCCUUCACUAUAUUGAGAUUACUUUCCAGCUGUUUUUUUUUUUUUGUGUGUGUGUGCAUUCUCAUUACACUGACUGGCGAGUACUUGAUUAAAAUGGAUUAAGAAAGCAGAGAUAUUUAUGUAAGGUUUAGUGUAUUUAUGCUUGAAAAUUUGAAUAGUUGCCUUCAGAGAAACACCCUUGAUGUUUCAGCAUACAGCUGUUAGGUACCAGUGUACACUUGAGCCAAUGACCUGAAUGUGUCUGUCAACUGCAAGCAAAACUAUCACACAUAUUACUGUCUCAAAUUGUAAAACGGUCGGUGGUUUACUAGCUAUAGUUCUAUAGUUGCUUUGUGAUUUGAAUGCAAGUGAGUGAGUCUUUUUUUCCAACAUGUUGCUUUAGGCAAUCUGUAACUGCACUGAAUCUUUUUUUUUUCUGUUCCAGCUGUACGGUUUACAGAUUACUCAUCCCUGCAGUGCUGCUUUGUUCUUACCUUUGUGUUUGGAGAUAACCAUGACCUUCUUUACCAUGGUGGGGCAUUUUAGUUUGAUUGUUGCAUACAUUUAUUCAUUUGACAGAAUCAACGUACGGUAGAAUCCAAUCUAAGGAUUAAGCUGAGGAGUAAGAGGUGAAAGAGCAACUCCAGUGACUUUCAAGGAAAAAAAAAAGUCUCGAGACUAUUAUAUCUUAUUUCAUUAUGGCACGCACUGGCCUUGGAGUAACGGUGUGUGACGUCAGUUUAUCCAGAGAGGAAAGCUUAUUCAUUCCCACGCUGUCAAAAUACAUCAUCGUGCUGGUCGAAGAGACAGAAACAUGCUUGUCAUUCCAACCAUUUACUGUAGGUUUAUUUAUCUCCUGAAAAGCCAUGUGCAAAAGCAACAGGUUCACUCGGCAAUCGAGUGUAGUGUGUAGUGUGACAGAUACCUUCAAACAUAUUCAACAUUAACCAAAGACGAGCGUUUGGAACGGAGCAGUCAGACAAGAUCAUCACAGGAAAAAAGAGCUAUGUUCAUUAACAGCCGAUUGUUGGAUGUGGAGUUGAUUUGAAUAUACUGUACUGUAUAUACACAGCAUAUACAGUGAGGUGAGAAAGUCUUAGACCUCUAGAAAAAUCUUCUUUCUUUGCAUUCUUUUUUAAUUUAAUGUAAACAAUUUAUGUCCGUUACAAAUGACAAAUAAUCAGCAAGAAUGUAUGAAAGAUUUUACAAUCCGUUUGAGCUCAAAUCCAUCAAAACUUAGGUACAAAGAAGUGUUCAAUAACAGACGUGCAUGACAUACUGACAGAAAUAGUAAGAAUCCCGAAUAUAAAGAUACUGACCAUUUCCUUCUAAAGAUUCUAUACAUUUAUUUUUCAAUUGAAUCUAUAUAUCGUCGCUGUCGGGCGGAAUCCUCGUAUCUCCAAUACCGUUACUUUUCAGGAAAUUAAAAAAACGCCGUACCUUAUCUGCAGUGCACAGGGUUUAGUCCGCGUUGCAGUGGAUUGUCUUGCGCUAAAUUCCUGUCCUCAGACGAGCACCAGAACUAGCGGGGGUCAAGAUUUCUUUUCUUUGAGCCCAGUGUUUUGAAGACAUUUACCUCAGAAGACGUGUUGAUUCGUUGCGACUCUUCUUGAGGAGAAAUAUCCCGCGAAGCUCACAGUGAGGAAGAGGUGGACAGUUGAAGUGUCCAGUGUAGUUAUGAGAUUUGUGCUCAAGCUAUUUUCAAGACUUUAGAUUGGUUAAUAACUUGUAAAAAUAACAGACCCACGUGGGGACUGACCAAUAGCAUCGAUAUGUGAAAAAAUAUGAAAUUGACCAAAUUUGGACAUACGAGGUUUCCGCCUGACACGACGAUAUGUAGCACUUUUAACAAAGGACAUUGAUACAGAAGAGUUUCACUGAGAAUUUACGUAGAUCCCCAGUGAGCAAAUCGGAGACAACGGGAAACAAAAACGCUCAAGUUGCUCUUUAAGGACCAUUCUCAUAGGCUCAGUGUUGGCUCUCAUGCAUUAAACACCGACUAGCAUCGAGUCAGUAUUAAAAUUCUUGAUGAAAUCUCACUGCAUGAUGUAUAUAAGAUUUUGUUUAACUCCACAGCACCAGCAAAACAAUACAGCUAGUUAAAGGAAAACUCCACCGUCUAAUGACUCGAAUAUUAAUCUUUGGAAUUAACUCGUGUGUAGUGCAGUUGGUUUUAAUCCCAUGCCCUGGUCACUACCUAAAUAUAAAUGAUGCCGUGGCACUUUAGUCCUUUAGUCUGUCCAGCACUCUCACCUACUCGAAACUCUUCAUAGUUUUCAGAUUCCAUCUUUUAUCUACUGUCAAUAACGCCGUUAACGUCAUUGCGCUCAUCGUCUCCUAGUUCACUAACCAACUGCAUCAUACAGCUGCAGUGAAUUCUGGAACAUUGUCGGAUUUCUCUUCAGGGUUUCCGCGGGGUCAUAAAAAGAAUUUAAGGCCAUAAAAAGACAUAGAAACGUCCGGAUUUUCCAUACAAGGUCAUAAAAAACAUUUAGCCACGUCUUAAAUUGAUAUGCUCGUCCUUUAAUUUGUUCUUCAAUCAAAAUGCGCUUUGGCAUUCAUUUGUUUCGCCUGUUGUAGUUCUGUAUGAGGAAUCUGGGUGGUAUCACACUGGUAUCACAGCGUUCCAGAACUACAAGGUCCAUGCGGCAGCAUACAGACUUGUCGGAAGGACUUUCACAGAAACCCGCGCGAACUCCGAACCUACUGUAUCAUACUGAGUCACUGCUUAGUUUAAUUAAAAUCAUCCUGGCUAUCACAAUGGGAAAAUGUACCUUUAACGAUCUGUGGCUCGAAGACGGUGCGUUUAGUAGCUGGCUCAAGCCCGUCGCUAACAAUCGGUAUAAAGCCUAUUGCACUCUGUGUAAGAAGACGUUGGAGCUGUCUAGUUUAGGCAUAAAAGCCUUGAAGUCGCAUGCAAAGUCGGAAAAGCAUAUCGUUGCUGUAAAACGCCUGCAGCGGGUGCAGGCGAUCCGUCAGUUUUGUUCGGCUCCGUCACUAACGUUACCCGAUACAAGUACAGCGCGGGAUUCCGUUUCUGUCGCAUCCAGUGUCACACACAGUGGUUUCGGAUCAACCUCCACACUGAAAGCGGAGGUCCUGUGGGUGUUGAAUACUAUAAUAAUAGAAUUACUCUUUAAAUAAUAAAACUUGUCAUAAAUUCAAAUCAUAAUGUGUGUUAAAAUGCAAAGGUCUUAAAAAGUCUUAAAUUUGACUGAUUAAACCCUGCAGAAACCCUGUCUCUUUAAUACGUCGUUCAGCAAAGAAAACGCAAGCAGCAAAAAACCUGACUGUUAUCAGUUAUGUUUGUAAUGACGGAUUUUUUAUUUAUUUAUUUAUUUUCCUAUUAAAACGCGCCAACAUUCGUCCACGAACAUCCGCUAACUUCUCAAAAGAAUAACGGAAAUAAAGCAAACUAACACCUUUAGUUUACAGAUAUUUCACUCUAAAGAUAUUAAACGUGUAUCCGGGUGGAGUUUUUCUUUUAAACUUCAUUUACUGUAUAAACUUAUUUUACUAACUCAACAAGGAGAAAAAUUGUCCGAUCAGCUCCUCGUUACCGGUCGGAUCGGGAUCGAUUUAAUCUAAACGGUUUGUUCCAUUCACAUGAACCCAUCACAUACGCCGUUCAGACGAGUUACAAACGAUCGUGUUGUUAUCACUUCGCACCUCCAGCAGAAUUGUGUGCGUUUUGUUUGUCCUGGGUUUACAUGUGAACUGAGGGAUUGUAAGAGAAGACAGUGAAACACACAGUGGUGUAAGUAUGCAGUGAAAAAGUGCAGCAACGUGUUUGCUUAUCUCUACCUUAGAGGAGUUAGCGUUAUCGAUCAUCUCUAUAUAGCUUAUUUUAGGAGAAAAAAAAAAAACAGCACAGUAUUUUAAAGAUUUAUAGAAAUAUUUGAGAUUUGUAUGACAUUUAACUGACUUGUGGUGUGGCAAAAAUUGAUGUGACAUCGGUUAAGAAGCAAUACACACUCUUAAGGGAAACUG